GAGAGAGAGAGAGAUGGAGAACAUGUAGACGAGCAGACGAGUGGAGCCUGUCAUGACGGCGCGCGCGGCGCUCGUUUAAAGCCGCAGGAUUUGGAUUAGCCUGUAUGAGAGCCGAUGAGUCUUGAGGUAGUGAAGGAGGAAGGGAGGAAGCAAGGGAAGAAGGGAGGGAGCUAAGGGCUGAUUUUGAUCUUUUUCGGGAUCGAGGGGAGAAGAAGGGAGGUGCGAGGCACGGAGAAUGGGCUAUUUUAGACCCGGGCACUGAGAGCGUUCUUUGCGCGGAGUAUUAGGCAGCCUUCGACGCAAGCAAAUCGCCUCCCGCGGCCACCGCCAAGUCGACGACGCCGACAUCUCCAUCGACUUCCCGUCAGGAUAGCGCCAGUUCUCGCCAGCCUGCUUCACGCUCAAGUGGUCUUCGCUGGACAUGAAAGUGCAGCAAGGCUGCAACUCAUCAGACAUGGGCAUACCCGUCACCACCGAAGAAGAACUGCGCCGAAACAGCGUCAUCACACCCGAGGAUGUGCUUGGCUUACAGAAAAUCACCAAGAAUUACCUUUGUUCACCGGAGGAAAACGUCCACAUGAUCGACUUCACCAGAUUUAAGAUCCGUGAUAUGGAAACGGGAACAGUGCUGUUUGAGAUCACUAAACCUCCAGCACCAGCAGGAGGCAGAAAGCAAUGUGACCCCAACGCCGGGCGCUUUGUUCGCUACCAGUUCACCCCCGCCUUCCUACAGUUGCGGCAGGUUGGAGCCACGGUGGAGUUCACAGUGGGCGACACGCCCAUCAACAACUUCCGUAUGAUCGAGAGACACUACUUCCGCGACCAGCUGCUCAAGAGCUUUGACUUUGAGUUUGGCUUCUGCAUGCCCAGCAGCAAGAACACAUGCGAGCACAUCUACGAGUUCCCCGCACUGUCAGAGGACAUCAUGCGUGAGAUGAUCCUGCAUCCUUAUGAGACACAAUCUGACAGCUUCUACUUUGUGGACAACAAAUUAGUGAUGCACAACAAGGCAGACUACUCCUAUAGCGGGGGUCCGUAGAAACACCAUUUCCUCCCCCCCUUCUUUAGACAUUGUCCACUCCGCUGUUUCCACAUCAGGAGCCGGAAAAUAGAAGAAGCCACAGACGUCCAUUUCAUUUCUGUUAAGUCCUUGUGUAGCAAUGCACACCUGUGAGCAUACAGGUGUGUGUGUGUGUGUGUGUGUGUGUGUGUGUGUGUGUGUGUGUGUGUGUGUGUGUGUGUGUGUGUGUGUGUGUGUGUGUGUGUGUGUGUGGCCGGCAAAUGCGUUGUGAAUACAGUCCAUAUCAGUUCGUUAGAUGGACACUGGUUCAUUUCCGUUGUGUGUGUUUUGAUAGGCAGUAACAGCUAGAGAUUACAUAAUACUUUGUCUUUAUGGGCCCUGAUAUUUAUUUAGUUUGUUCUACAGAUGGAUUCUAUUUCUGUUUGCACAUGACUACGCCACUCAGCUCAGAAUGAGAGACGGAAAAGUUCUCAGUUGAUGAUGUGUGGAUCAUUUUUUGUUUGUUUUCAGGUUCAUAGUGUGUCCAGAGUAUUUUUCGAAAGGAGUAGCCAUUUUGAAUUGUCAGACUGUAUUCAUAGAAAUUUUGAUAUCCAGUACAUACAUUGUAGUACAGAACACUGCGUGUACAUUUUAAUCAUGAUAUUAAGUGUUGUAAAAAUUUUAUGUCCAAUUUUGAAAAGUGAAAUCACAUCAUUGCAAUAAAUAUGGGACUUUUUUUCCGAAAACCUGA